CAUAAAUCAACAUGUCUCUUGAAAAAGUUUGCAUUAUCGGUUCUGGUAACUGGGGUUCUGCUAUCGCUAAAAUUGUCGGUACAAACACUGCUGUUCAUUCUGAUCAAUUUGAACCUAUCGUCCGUCAAUGGGUCUUUGAAGAACAAAUCGAUGGUCGUAACCUGACUGAUAUUAUCAACACAGAGCAUGAAAACGUAAAGUAUUUAAAAGGUAUCAAGCUCCCGGAAAACGUUGUUGCUAUUCCUGAUGUUGUCAAGGCUUGUGAAGGCGCUUCACUCGUCGUCUUUGUCGUUCCUCAUCAAUUCCUCAAGGGUGUCUGUGAAAAGAUGAAGGGCCACUUGGCUCCUAAUGCUCGCGCUAUCUCUCUGAUCAAGGGUCUUGAAAUUACUGCAGAAGGCACUCGUCUCUUCUCUGAGGAAAUCACACGUAUCUUGAACAUCCCCUGUGCUGCGCUCAGUGGAGCUAACAUUGCUAACGAGGUUGCCAUGGAAAAGUUUUGUGAAUCCACUAUUGGCUGUCAAAAUAUGGAAGAUGGUAUGGUCUUCAAGAAAUUGUUCAAUACUCCCUAUUUCCGUAUCUCAGUGAUUCAAGAUCACGUCGGUGUUCAAUUGUGCGGUGCUUUGAAGAACGUGGUUGCCGUCGGAGCUGGCCUCUCAGAUGGUCUUGGUCAUGGUAGCAACACAAAAGCCGCAAUCAUCCGCUUGGGCUUGAUGGAAAUGCGCAAAUUUGGUCAAACAUUCUUUGGUGACGCUGUUCAGACCGAGACCUUCUUCGAAUCCUGUGGCGCCGCAGACUUGAUUACAACAUGCAAUGGUGGUCGUAACCGUAAGGUGGCUGAAGCCUUUGUUCAAACCGGAAAGCCAAUCGAACAAUUAGAAGAAGAACUUUUGAAUGGUCAAAAGCUUCAAGGUACUUUGACGGCUCAGGAAGUCAAUGAAUUUUUAUCUGCCAGAAGUAUGCAGAAAGAAUUCCCUCUCUUUAACACCGUGUACCGUAUCAUCUAUGAAGGUCUUUCUCCUGAAGCCAUUACUGCCGAAAUUUAAAUCAUUUGGAUUUUAUACCUUGCUUCUUCUACGUGUAAAUAUCUUCAAUAUUUAUUUUCUUAUUGUUAUCUCAUCUUUAGACAAUAAAACCUUUUUUUUUUCUUAUUAAAUGUAUCUUUGAAAACAUGGCGGUUAAAGACGGAAGAAGCAUGCGAUUGUGAUCUACCGGAUAUUUUCUUUAUAAAUCAGCCUUGGGGCUUUCCGAUCAUAAAAAAGCU